AUGUUUGCCCAACGCAUUGUGUUGCUGGCUGUCAUUUUCCUUCUCUGGGAGAUCAAUGCUGCCGUAGCCCGCCGACAAGCCGACCAAGUCACCGACGCGAACCCGAACCUCCGCGCAGCCGAUCAGAACCAAGCUGCGUUGGAGCGGCUGCUGUGGUCCUACGACUCGAGAGACGAAGAGAGGAGAUGGGGCUGGUCUGCAAAAGAGCUCGACGAACUUUUCCAGAAGCUAGACAUUGCGACUGGAAGGCUUGACGACAGCAGCUCCGCCGCCUCAAGUGGUUCACAGUCAUUGCGAAGUACAGAAAAGCGAAGAAGGCAAACUUCUGAUAUAGCGGUGCUUUGCCAAAAACUCAUGAACACCUCGAAGGCGAAGAAGGUCGCGAAGACCCUGCAGCAUCACCUGUUUCAGGCAUGGAAUAACCGAGGUAUGAGGUUGGAAGACGUCGCAGACCUGUUGGGCGUUCUUGUUUCGACGACGAACUCCGUGCGAUCUGGCAUUCUGGUGGACUAUCAGCUGAAACUUACCGGAGAGGCCGUCAACCGCGUUCGUCAUGGAUAA